AUGAGGGGACGCUUCCGCUGGACUCCCGUUAAGCUGGGCGGAGUUGUGGAGCAGGGCCAUGCUCGGCCUGCACGAAACCACAAGAGGUCGACAACCGACGUCGACAUCUUGAUCCGGUCUCAGACCGUUUUCGACUCUCUUGGCUCCGUUGAGGGCUUCGAGGUGAUUGAGGGCCGGCUCUCAUACCGAGAAGUCAUCGUUGAUCUGCUCACCACCAUUGACGACCGUUUCACCUAUAAUCAGGUGGACGGGUACGCGCGGCACGUGGAGGGUGUUCGUAUGUUGCGAUUUGACUUCGCCCUAGCCGUGAAGAUCAGGUGCUCCUACCUCCGUUCCGAUGAUUCAAACGGCCUUGAGAAGCAGCAAACCGACCUAUUGGAUGUUGUAUUCUUGGCCAAGGCAACGAGGAAGGCUGGCCAGACCAUCUUGGACAGUUGUGCGGCGCUGUUCCAGGUCGGCUGCUAUCACGCCGUUCUGGUCCGGCUCCAACUGAGGUUCAACGACUUCAAGGUCCUGGCGGACGUGGGCUUUGGGCGACUCGUCAUCCCAUGGGCCAACCACUAG